UGGACAAACGCCAAUAAAAGACACUAAACCGAGGAUUGCACAAACGAUAAUUACUUCGUUGAUUUGAACAUCAAAGUGAACAAAUCCUCCAUUGAAGAUGACAGAAGUGAAGCUCCAUGGAACUUGGCCAAGCCCUUUCAGUUACAGAGUCAUUUGGGCUUUGGCACUCAAAGGUAUUUCCUACGAAUACAUCGAAGAAGAUCUAUCCAACAAAUCUCCUCUGCUUUUACAAUACAAUCCCGUUCACAAGAAGAUUCCGGUCCUCGUCCAUGCCGGAAAACCCAUCUCCGAAUCCAUGAUCAUUCUCCAGUACAUCGACGAGACCUGGCCGGAGAAUCCCCUUUUACCCUCCGAUCCUCUUCAGAGAGCUGCCGCUCGGUUCUGGAUCAAAUUCAUAGAAGACAAGAGCUUGGUGAUUUUGGGAGUAAGUGAUAUUUUGGAAGGGGAAGAAUAUAAGGAAAAGGCGAGAAAAGCGAGUUUGGAAGUGUUGAAGACGGUGGAAGAACAAGCACUCGGUGACAAGAAAUUCUUCGGCGGCGAUGAAAUCAACAUGGUGGAUUUGGCGUACGGGUUCUUGGCACGGUGGCUGCCGGUGGUUGAAGAGGUGGUGGAAGUGAAAAUCCUCGAACCAAAUACGGUUCCUCGGCUGUAUGCUUGGGCGGAGAACUUUCGGCAAGCCGCCGUGAUCAGGGACAAUCUUCCCGAUCACGACGAGAUGGUUUCACGGCUGAAGUUCCGGAGGGAGCAGCGAUUGCAAAUUGGGAGGAAAUCAUAAGUACGACUCCGGACGGCGCCGUUUGGCCUUGUGAUUUGGGAAAUUUGAGCCUUUUCUUUACCGUUUGUGUUUGUAUUUUGGCUAAGCAUACAUUUUAACGGUAAAUGUUAUAAAUGUGUGCUUUUCUUUGACUUGUACUCUAAUCAAAUCAACUAAUGAAAGUUAUUGAUCAAGAAAAA